AAAGAAAAAAACAAAAACAAAAAAAAAAAAAGAGAGGAGAAAACCCUAAGCGUGUUGUUCAGUGACACUGGUGGGGACUUUCUCGUCGUUUCUGGAAUCGAGAAGGAGUUAGAUUUAUUUCGUGCUGGGAAUCGAAUCUAGGGUUUACCGAGAGAUCCAAUCGUAGUUACAAUCGAACGAGAGAAUAGGAGCCAUGGCGGAUUCCGACAAAGAGCUCGAGAAUCAGAUUCUCGAAGCAGGGGGAAAGCUCACUGAUCCACCUUCUUCACUCGAUGAGCUUCUUCUUCUCCUUGACAAACUCUUCAUAUACCUCAUAGAUGUUGACCAGUCACCUCGCGAGUCAAUGCAGAGCGCACUCUCUCCACUCAUGAAAUCACUAGUCGCUGGAAAGCUUUUCAAGCAUUCGGACGCCGAUGUGAAAGUCGCAGUCGCUGCCUGCGUCAGCGAGAUUACGAGAAUAACUGCUCCUGAAGCUCCUUAUGAUGAUGAUCAGAUGAAGGAAGUAUUUAAGUUGAUUGUAUCUUCGUUCGAAAACUUGCCUGACUAUUUUAGUCGCUCCUAUUCCAAAAGGAUCUCGAUCCUUGAAACUGUGGCCAAGGUCAGAUCAUGCGUUGUGAUGCUGGAUCUUGAGUGUGAUGCUCUUCUUAUUGAGAUGUUCCAGAUUCUCCUCAACGCUAUAAGGGACUUCCAUCCAGAGAACGUACUUUCAUCAAUUGAGAAAAUCAUGACACUUGUUUUAGAGGAAAGCGAGGAUAUACCUCCAAAGAUGCUUUCACCCAUUCUACAUUAUGUUAGGGAGGAUGAUGAGGUUCCAGAAGUAGCACGGAGGUUGGCAGAACGAGUUCUCAGUAACUCUGCUAGCAAGCUCAAAAAGUGUCUGACUGAAGCUGUGAAAUUGUCGGGUGUCUCUUUGGAUAAGUAUAGUAAGGUAGUGGCUUCGAUAUGUGAAGGGACAUUCAGUGCUUUGCAGCACGACGAACUUGUUGAGAAUGAAAAAGAGGACUGUCAAGGUCAUUUAGAAAAGGAAGCAGAAGUAGAGGAUAAACCGGAAGUAAUUGCUACACCCGAUCGAACUGAUGCACCUAAGGAUGAAUCUGGUAAGUCGGGAGUCAGCAACGGCGUUGCGCAACAGAACGGUUCUUCUGUUGAUACUGAGUCUACAGAGAAGCCAGAUGAUACGAAUGCUAAAGAUGAGCCUCAACAUUUUGAUAAUCCUAGCAGCACUGACUUGGAUAGUACUUCUGAAGAGAAGCCUGAUGUUGAACAUCAACCUCAGGAAAAAGAUCCCAGUUCCGCCAUACAUGUGGAUUCAUCAGAAACUUCAGAUAUCAUCAAGGACGAACCUGGAGCACUCCUGGAGAGCAAGGAUAUGCUAAGUUUGCCUCCUGAUGAUUCAUCUGUUAAAGCAGCCAUAUCUUCUGAAAAUGAUAAGGAAACAAGUGUGCAGGCGUUGCCAUCUAAGACAUCAGGUGAUGAAACUGGCAAUGUUAGUUCUCCAUCUAGGGCUGAAGAUCUUGUUGAAGAAAGCCGGCCUAAGAAGACUGAAGAUGAUAAGGAAACAAGUGUGCAGGCUUUGCCAUCUAAGACAUCAGCCGAUGAAACUGCCAAUGUUAGUUCUCCAUCUAGGGCUGAAGAUCUUGUUGAGGAAAGCCGGCCUAAGAAGACUGAAAAUGAUAAGGAAACAAGUGUUCAGGCUUUGCCAUCUAUGACAUCAGCCGAUGAAACUGCCAAUGUUAGUUCUCCAUCUAGGGCUGAAGAUCUUGUUAAGGAAAGCCGGCCUAAGAAGACUGCAAACCAGAAGAAAAAGGAGAGCUUGACAAAGGAGGCCAAACCAUCAGCUGCUAGUGCUACUGAAAAAGCUUCCGAAGAAGCAAAAACUUCUGCUAAAGUUAUAAAAAAAUCUGGAAAGAAGGUUGCUUCUUCAAGUAAAACCAAGUCUGCUGUUCCUCCGAAGAAAAGUACCUCUGAGACAAAAGCUGCAAAGCAGUCAGAGAAAAAGGUAGCUGAGAAUGAUAAUGUACAAGAAUCCUCAAAGCCAAAAGAGGAAAAGAAAAAGCCAGGACGUGGGAAAGCCAUGGAUGAGGACUCAUUAGAUACUUCUUCGGGUGAUAGCGAAAAACCAGCUGUUUCCUCCGGAAAGUCAGCCUCGAAAUCAAAGAAGGAAGUGAAGCAACCAAUAGAAGAAAGUCCUAAUACAAACACAAAGAGGAAACGAAGUCUAGGCAAAGAGAAAGCAUCUGAUCUCCAAAGCCAUGGUGAAGAUUUAGUUGGGUCGAGGGUCAGAGUCUGGUGGCCUAUAGAUAAAGCGUAUUAUAAAGGUGUGGUCGAUUCAUAUGAUUCUGCGAAGAAGAAACAUCUGGUUAUCUAUGAUGAUGGAGAUCAAGAAAUCUUGAAUCUUAAGACACAGAAGUGGCAUUUUCUGGAUGAAUCAGAAACAGAGGGUGAAGAAGCUGCUGAUCAGACUGGUCAUGAGAAAGAGGCCUCCACAGAGCCCCAGAGAAAGAAAGCUAAGACUGGCAAGCAACCGUCAGGGAAAAAGGGUGGUGGAGCUGGUUCCAGCAAGUCUAAAGCUGCUCCUGCUUCCAAGUCCGGCAAGAAGUCCAAGGAUGAGAAAACAGAGAGCAAACCAAAGGAUCCGAAAGAAGCUAGUAGAGAAGAGGAGGAUAGCUCUGAAGCGUUGAGCGAGGAAGAGGAAACCCCCAAAACCGUUGGUAAAUCAGGAACCAGCAAGUGGAAGAAAGAGAGAUCGAAAUCUGGGACAUCCAAAUGUUCGUCCAAGACUACAGCUACUUCAAAAUCCAAGUCAGGAGGACCUGCAAAAUCUUCAGCAGCCAAGGGAAAAGCAGCAAAAGGCAAAGCAAACUCUACACCUGCCUACAAGGGCAGUGAGAGCGACGCUGAGUCAGACUCUGAAGAGACACCAAAGGCGCCAGAACCAGCAACAAAAGGGAAGUCGCAGGCGAAAUCAGGUAAGAAGAGGAAGCGAUGAGUCUGGCUUUAGUCAAGGUGGAAAGCUGCGGUGGUAUUUGGUGGCCGUCGAUUGAUGGGGACUUGACAUCGUCUGGGUUUUACAAGUGUAGUCUUUGUUUUUAAGAUAAGAAGCUUAGUAUUAGUAGCAGUGAGUGGAUUUUUUAUUUAUUUCACUUUUUAGGUUCGAUUUUCCAGCGGAUUUUUCUUUAGUCUUCCAAAUAAUUUUAUCUUUGUGAAUUUGGAGAGUUGUAGAGGCCUCAAAAGACAAAUUUCCUGAAGAAUGUAUUUUAUCCAAUUUUAAAA